GCUACCUGCCUUAGUGCGCGUCAUUGUCUGUCUAUGAUAAAGGAUGCAUGGAGACUUCUUUAAAUAGACAGCAGUUCAGUAAGAGCGGACUGUGAGCUGAGUUGUACUGGCGCAUUCAUACAGCUUUGAACACUCAAGAUGUGCGUCCCUGUCUAUUGGAUUCUUUUCGCGACAUCUUUGGCUCCAUCUGUUCUGUCGAGUCUGCACCCAGACUGCGAGUACAUCUUUCAGCUGGAGAGGGAGGAGCGGCGUUGUCUUCGAUACAUUGCAGAGCAGAACCACAGUACAGUUGAAAACAGUACAGUACUUUUCAACUUCGAUGCAUUGCAGAACCACAGUAUGCUAGGUUGUCUAGCGUUCUGGGACUCUGUGGUGUGUUGGCCAAAUGCUGCGGUUGGGGAGACAUUCCACAUGGCCUGCCCUGCUGUCUUCUCUCUUUUUGGGAAUAACACAGGGUUAGUCAGCCGAAACUGCACUAGCAACGGAUGGUCUCAACCCUUCCCCCCGUACCACAUAGCCUGUAGUGUGGAUGACAACAUUCACAUUCCAGAGGAGUCAUACUUUGCCACGGUGAAGCUGAUCUACUCCAUUGGCUACGGCACCUCCCUGUUCUUCCUGUCCAUCGCCGUGGUGAUUCUGCUGCUCUUCAGGAGGCUUCGCUGUGCCAGGAACUAUAUUCACAUCCAGCUGUUUGUCACCUUCAUGCUGAAGGCGAUGGCUGUGUUCAACAAGGACGCCAAGCUGUUCGCCAGCGAGGACACGGACCACUGCACCCUCUCCACCGCAGCUUGUAAAGCCUCAGUGGUGUUCUGUCACUACUGUGUCAUGGCUAACUUCUUCUGGCUCCUGGUGGAGGCCCUCUACCUUAACACCCUGCUCCUCUCCUCCUUCCACCACAGCCGCCGCUGCCUCUGGGGCUUUGGCCUGUUGGGCUGGGGUGUACCCAUCGUCUUCAUCGUCAUAUGGAUUGGGUCCAGGGUGUAUUUUGAGGAUACUGAAUGCUGGGACAUCAACGAGGACUCUCCCUAUUGGUGGAUCAUCAAAGGGCCAAUCGUGUUUUCUAUUGGGGUCAAUUUCAUCCUCUUCAUGAACAUCAUCAGAAUCCUGAUACAGAAACUGAACCCUCGCCUGAUCCAGUUCAACAACUCAGAUCAGUACAGACGGCUGACUAAGUCCACUCUCCUCCUCAUCCCUCUCUUUGGGAGCCACUACAUGGUGUUUAACUUCCUGCCUGACUACUUCCAUGUUAGCGUGCGCCUCUGCAUCGAGCUCUGCAUGGGGUCCUUUCAGGGGUUGAUUGUCGCAAUUCUCUACUGCUUCCUCAACCAAGAGGUCCAGAAGGAGAUCCAUAUGAGGUGGCUGAGGUGGCAGGAUAACAGCUACGGUGUGGUACUGCCCGGUGCCAAGGGUAGUCAGAUGGACACACCGUUCUAGUGCUCUUCAUCCACCUCUCCUCUUCCUCUCCAACCUCUGUGUUUUUAAUGAGUGUCUUUCGUCGAGGGGUUGGAAUAAAGCGGAAGACAAGAUUCCAUUGGAUAUCUGUUUACAUUGGACAAUAAAGUAAUGUUCUUCUUCUCCUUCCUGUGACCUCCACACAUUGAUAAUGUACUUUUAGGAGCGACUGCUGUACAUUGUGUCCUUGAAACCUACGAUGUCCUCUCCUCUCUCAUCAUAAUCUCAUUUCUAAAGGGACCACCAUUGAGCUCAUCCAUUGUGUCCAGCUCGAGUUGAACUGUUUGGCGCAUUGUGAAAUUCUCCUCCUCCUCCUCCUCCACCUCCACUCAGCAUCAUCUACGGUUUUGUUACAUUGAAGGACAAUGGAAGUCUAUCUCUGUGUAGCUCUGGUCCAGGGCCUUACCUUACGUUCUCUGUGGUACUACACCACGUUUUGAUGUGUUUUUAGCAAGUCAAUAUGAUUGACCUUCUACUGGAAAAUAGAUGGUUUUAUGUAUUAAAUGUGCCCCCUGUUUUUCAGGUUUUAUUAGAAUAUUAUCUUAUGAUGUGUGUGUUGCAUUCUCUGUG